UUGGGCUCGGUUCGAGGAAAAUACGACUGAGGGUCACUGUCUGUCUUGCUGUGGUUGCAGAGAGGUGUCGGUUUUAUAGAAGCAAUGUUCCGCUGAUGAGUUUUUGAUCCAGAAAAGCAGAAUCUGUAAAUAACUUUCUAACUUUACCGAGGAACCGCACAGUCCGAUCAAAGUUUCGCUUUAAGUCUUUCUGUGGCGCAGCAGGAGAUGAAGCUCCCAGUGCUGAUUUAUUAAAUCAGUAUGAAUAGAAAUUUAGCGUUUAGUAAAUUAAUUUUACUUAAUUCAUUAUAAAACUCGGGCAGAUAAUGAUUUGAUAUCAUUUCAAAGUCAUCCUUAAUCAAGCUCAGAUAAAUCAGGCCUGUACAAUAUGGCAUCUGCAGGUGAUGAAGCUGAAGAUGAUGUCAGAACCCAGCAGCGCAGAAACAGCCCAGACCUUGACCCGCCAGACUUCUCAGAGCUUCGGGUUGUUCUGCUGGGGAACAGCUGGUCAGAGAGGAGAUCUGUGGGGAACUUCAUACUGAAAGAGAAAAGGUUCAUCACUGAAAAAGCUCCUGGCCAGUGUGAGAAAUUUAUUACAGAGUUUGAGGAGAAGACAGUAACCAUCAUCAACACCCCAGACCUCCUGCAAGCCAACGUGUCUGCAGACAAACUCAAUGAGCAUGUGGAGACCUGUGUGAGAUUCUCUUAUCCCGGACCUCAUGUGUUCCUGCUGGUUCUACAGCCUGAAAACUUCACUGAAGAACAAAAACUGAGACUCUGUGGGUUCCUGACACGUCUUAGUGAUCGAUGGUUUGAUCAUUCAAUGGUUCUGAUUUCCACACCCAGAGAGAGGAGUGAAGCUGAUGAUUCACCUGACCUACUCUUAAAAGAGAUGAUUGUUAAAUGUCAGUACAGACACUUGAAGCUGAAGAACAUUGAUCAUCUUGAGCUGUUAACACGUUUAGGUCAAAUUAUAAAAGAGAACAAUGGAUAUUUGAGCUGUGAUGUAUUUAAGGAUGCAGAACAAAGACUAACUGAAGAAGAUGUCAAACUAGAGGAAGCCAGUUUGGUUUUCAGUCCCACACAAGACAACGGUAAGAUAUGGAGAUUCAGUAAUUUACUGAGAAAAUUGAUUUUUAGAAAGUUUUCUAAUUAAGUCAUAUGUAUUCUGUCCACAUAAUUCAAACAAUACUGUCUUUUACACAACCUGACUUGAUAGCAAAACAUAAUAUAAUAUGGUCCUUUUUUCCCCAAUUAGGUUUUUAAUUAGCUCUAAGCUGUUAGUUACUACGUAGGUUUAGGUGAAAUUGUUUCAAGUUAAGGACCCAAAAAGAAGUUUUAUAGAAUAAGGUUGUUGUAAUUAUUAUUAUGCUUAUGUUAUUUAAUGUUUAAUUAAAUGAUAAUUCGGUCUGUAAGUGUUGUCCUGUGAAUACCAGCAGAGAAAAGGGUGAAUCAAGCUCUGGCAUUACUGAACAGCAGGCUCUGCACACAGAUGGAAUAAAUUCAUAUAAUUUCUUAAAACAUAAGAAUUUAUUAACACAAACAAUUCAACUCAAAGUCAAACAUAUUUAAUUAAAAAACUCUUUACUAUCGCACAACAAUUCAACUAAAACUACCAAGCAAAAUGAAGAAACAAAGAAAACAAAACACUAUAAAUAUACUAAUGAAGGAACAAGGGAAUCAAAGAUGAUUAAAAACCAUGACCAAUAAAAUGAUGCGAUAUUACUAAUCAGUUUAAUCUAUGUUUGAGAACCAAGGAUUAUCUUGGGGAACCUGGAAAUGAGGUUGAAGUAGUCUUAGAACCAACUUGGAGCAAUAAUUUGUAUACCUUUAAACAACCAAUCACAAUGCAAACAAGAAGAGCAGAUAAAAGGUUAUUUUAAUAAAAUAAUAUUUUUAAAGAAUGAUUUGCUGAAUAAAAACAACCUUCUGGAUAAUUAA